UAUACAUGCAGUUGUUUCGCGGAGAGAGAGAAACGUCUCGCCGCAAGUCUCCUCGUAGUAUUUUCGGUGAAUUCCGUGGCCGUAUUAUUCAAUGUGUAUCGCGAUACAAUAGGAUAAAAGCAGGAGAGAAGAAGAAUAAUCGUAUUUUAUUGUUUAAUAAUUCAUUGAAUUUUGUGUCUACUUUUUAUAUGCGCACUUGUUUACUACCUUUUCAACCGAGCUUUUGUUUGUCAUCACCCACAACUUUUCGUUCAAUUUUUUCUUCAAAGUUUUUGGGAGGUUCCUUUGUGCCGCAGGGUCAGACGUAAUAGAAACAGUACGGUAA